CCGCAGUGUGGUGGCCGCGCGCCGAGCGGAAAAAAGCCAUCGCGGGCUCUCCACCCAGUGCGCUCUGGAGUUGCGUGCGAGGAGGUGCACCGCGAUGACGAGGUUGCUAUGCCGCUAUCGAUUCGCGCGAGUGCAAGUUAGGCGGCCCAGUGACACGCGCGUACACCGUUAACGUCCAAUACCGAGUGUGUGUCUGUGCGGUGCGUGGAGGGGGCGGGGGGUGAGUUGUAAAGCCAAGAUAUCCGAUGGUAUGUGGAACCAGCAAGACAAAGGAUUGAUGAGACGAGCAGCGGAUCGGAACGUUAACUGGAACUCGGCAUCCCUCCUCCAUGCGACGACGAGAAGCGGCAUCGGCGGUAGGAGGAGGCCGUUAGUAGGGUCGCGGCUCGCCUGCGCGACCAGCGAUGCCCGCGCUGUGCGAUGCGCGUCGGCCGAGCAGCAGCAGCAGCAGCAGCAGCAGCAGCAGCGGCGGCGGCGGCGACGUCGACGGGGGGCCGAGAGCCCGGCAGUGCGCCGGCGAGAGCAGUUCGGGCCAGCGGCCUGUCGCGCUUCUGCUCGCUGCAGGAGGUGGGUCUGACGCCACCGGAGCAGCGGCGCUUCCGGCGUAUCCACGGCCUGCAGCUGCCGCUGCACCCGCAGCAGCUGCUCGGCUGGCUGGUGCUGCUGAGCGUGCUCGGCGGCACGUUCGUCUGGCUGCUGCCGCCGUUGGCGCCGGCGCUGCGCGCGCCCGCGCUCGGCGCCGUUCUCGCGGCCACCUGCGCGCACCUGGUGGCCCACUUGGCCGCGCUGCUGCUGGACCCCGCCGAGGCGGCCGUUAGGCGCCAGCCGCGCGACCAGCUGGUGCCCGAGUUCGACCGCGCGCGCCACCUGCACGUCAUCGAGGAUGGGCGCUGCCACCUGUGCAACGUGGACGCCUCGAGCGCGCGCACCAAGCACUGCUCCGUCUGCAACAAGUGCGUGGCCAGCUUCGACCACCACUGCAAGUGGCUGAACAACUGCGUGGGCCGGCGCAAUUACCCGGCCUUCGUGGCCUGCCUCGUCUCGGCCGUCUGCCUGGCCCUGCUCGUGCUCGCGCUCUGCGCGGCCGAGCUCUCGCUCGCGCGCCUCGAGUGGCGCCAGCUGCGCCAGCUCAACCACACCGGCAUGGACAACGUGACCCUGCCGCUGAGCCUGCCGCUGCCCGGCACCGGCUCCCUGCUCGUCGUCUGCGUCGUCGGCGUCCUCUCGGCCGUGGCCGCGGUGCUGCUCAUCCACUUGUGCUUCUUCCAUGGCUACAUCGCCUGCCUGGGCGUCACCACCUACGAGUACGUGCGCAGCAAGCAGGCCGCUCGGCAGGCCGUCGCCGCCGCCGCCGCCGCCGCCGCCGCCGACGCAGCCGACGCGGUGCCGCCCGGCGGCGCGCUGGCCCGCGGCGGCUCCGAGCCCGGCGCCGAGGACCUGCGCUACCACUUCUGCCAGAGCGUCGACGCCGACGAGGCCGCGCGGCGGCGCGCCGACGGCCGCGACGUCUACUUCUGCUCGAGCCACGCCUCGAGCAGCAGCAGCGCGCGCGUUAUCCAGCGCGCCGGCUCCACCACGCUGGAAGAGGCGAACCUGUGGAGAGACGUGCUGGGCUGCCCUCGUUACGUGCUGGCGCCGAUGGUAGACGCCAGCGAGCUGGCCUGGAGACUGCUGAGCAGAAGGCACGGCGCGCAGCUCUGCUACACGCCGAUGCUGCACUCGUCGGUGUUCUGCCGGGACGCCAAGUAUCGCGCCGAGGCGCUUGCCAGCGCUCCCGAGGAUCGGCCACUCAUCGUCCAGUUUUGCGGAAACGACCCGCGCACGCUGCUGCAGGCAGCCCAGCUGGCGGAGCCCCAUUGCGACGCGGUCGACGUGAACAUCGGCUGCCCGCAGGCGAUCGCCAAGAGAGGCCACUACGGAGCCUUCCUACAGGACGACUGGGCCUUGCUGAGCGACAUUGUGUCUACGAUGAGCAGGGGCCUGCGCAUAGCUGUCACGUGCAAGCUGCGGGUCUUCCCGGACGUCGGCAGGACCGUGGAGUACGCUAGGAUGCUCGAGGCAGCGGGCGCGAGGCUGCUCACGGUGCACGGCCGCACGAGGGAGCAGAAGGGCCCGCUCACGGGUCUGGCCUCCUGGCAGCACAUCCGCGCCGUCAAGAGCGCGCUCGGGGUGCCCGUCAUCGCCAACGGCAACGUCCAGAGCCUGCAAGACGCGGUCAGGUGUCUGCGGGAGACCGGCGCGGAGGCCGUCAUGUCGGCCGAGGGCAACCUCUACAACCCGUGCAUCUUCGAGGGCAGCUAUCCGGCCUGCUGGGAGCCGGCCACCGAGUACCUGGACAUUCUGGAUCGCCAUCCGGCCCCCGCCUCCUACGUCCGCGGCCACCUGUUCAAGCUGUUCCAGCACGUCUUUCUGCUGCCGGACAACGCAGAUGAGCGAACGAUGUUGGCGCAGAACUCGACCAUGGAGUCCUUUAGAACGGUGGUUGCAGCGCUCAAGGACAAGUAUUUGCCCUAUCACGAGGGUCGUCUGGUUUGGCGACGCCAAAACGAGGAUUACAAUCUCGUGCUUCCGCCUUGGUUAUGUCAGCCAUACGUUCGCGAUAGUCCAGAAGAGCACAUCAACAAGGUGGAAGCCAAGAAAUUGCAAACGGAAACUACGACCGUGAAACGCGAGUACAAAGACGAAGAAGGAAACGAGAUUUCAAGAAAACGGCUAAAAAAGUUGAGGCGAAUCGCUAGACGACCAAACAGACCAGCUGUAACGGUUAAGCGUGGCUCCAAUUUGUGCGACAAUUGUCCUAAUCCAUUGGGCUCCAAAUGUGAAUAUCAGCUCUGUAGGCAAUGCUGUCGAAAUAAAUGUUACACUGAAAAUUUAGAUUGCCCAGGCCACAGAAAUUUGACGAAAACAAGACGAAAGACUGCCAUCGAGUUUGCCGCACAAAGAAAAAUAGACCAGACAGAAAGUUGACAAAGAAUAUUUUUUUACUUUUGUAAAUAAUAUUACUUAAAUGAUUGAUCUAUUUUUAAUGCUGUUUUAUCUUCAAUAAAAAGUUUUUAAUUAUU